AUGGCGGCGUUGGCACCACAGGAGGAGGCCGGCCAUGGCGACACCGGAUCUGGCAUCUCCGGGGUCCUCUACAAGUGGGUCAACUACGGCCGCGGGUGGCGGCCCCGCUGGUUCGCGCUCAGCGACGGCGUGCUCUCCUACUACAAGAUCCACGGGCCUGACCGCAUCGACCUCUCCCGCGACACCGACCGCGGCGCCAAGGUCAUCGGCGAGGACUCGCUCCGCCGCCUCGCGCGCCCCUCCUCCGCCUCCGCCCCCCUAUCCAACGGCCACGGCCACCACCAGACGCCCCGCAAGCCCCUCGGCGAAAUCCACCUCAAGGUGUCGACCGUCAGAGAGAGCAGAUCGGACGACAGGAGGUUCUCCAUCUUCUCGGGGACCAAGAGGCUACACCUGCGGGCCGAGACGAGGGAGGACAGGGCCGCGUGGCUCGAGGCGCUCCGUGCCACCAAGGAGAUGUUCCCGAGGAUGUCCACCAGCGAGAUGGUCGGGCCGGGGGACACUGCGGCGGCCGCGGCGGUCUCCACCGAGCGCCUGAAGAUGCGCCUGCAGCAGGAAGGGGUCAGCGAUGCUGCCAUUGCUGACAGCGAGAGGAUCGUGCGGGAGGAGUUCGAGGCGCUGCACAAGCAGCUUGUGCUUCUCAAGCAGAAGCAGGCGCUACUCCUUGACACGCUCCGCCACCUAGAGGUAUUCAUAUCUAUCUGA